UCAACAUCCAUGACUUCCGCCGGUGGAGCGACCUUGGCCUCGGCCAGCCAUGCGUCGAUCUGGGCUUUGAGCUCCGUAUUAGGAACAACAUCCUCGUAUUUGAGGCUGGUGAGUCAGCUUAUCCGUGCCGAAAAAUUUCGGUACCACCCACGGGAGAUUGUUGAAUGGAUCCAACUCCUUGGACAGCAACGAUGCUCGAAUGGUGCUGCGAUCGACAGUGACGCGGGACACAGGAAGGAUUACCGGGUCCUUCAUGA